AUGGAAGUAAUAUUUAAAAUAGAUGCUGAAGAGGAUUUUCUACACAUACUAAAAGAAAUCCUGAAUAACUUAUACAAUGAUUACAAUACACCUAUUAAAUUAACAAAUAAAAAUGCAGUAGCAACCGCUAAGGAUGAAUUAAAGGAUUUGAUUUAUGAGACUAACUGUGUUUCUGAAGAUGUGUAUGAGUUAUUAACAUCAAGAGGUUUUCUAAAGGAAAGAAGUAAAAUGGUUGCAUCACUUAUUGAAAGUAUGAAAAGUGAAUUAUUAUAUUCAACAUUACUUAACCACAACAGUGUGUAUGGGAAGUCGUUAGCUGCAUUUGAUUGGGCUGUUAAACUUGUUUAUGGCACAAGUGAGCUCAAGAAGUUAAAGUACCCUUUAUUGCAAUUAACGUUAACAACACUUAGCAAAGGAAAACAACAACAACAAAUUUUUGAUAUAAACAAAGAGAUGCUCCUUGAAAUGAUCAAUGUAUUGGAAAAUAUUGAUGCACAAUCUUGA